AGAGUUAAAGAUUCGUAGAGACAUAAUAAUCAUCUCUUCCUCCGACCCCAUUUUCACUACUCCACUGUCUUUUUUCCAUUUCAUAAAUAAUUUUUUCUAACAAAAAAAAAAUGGGAUCGGAAGAAGCAGCCUACGCAGCCGCCGUUGAAAACUUGCAGCAACCGUUACUUGAGGCGACGAAAUCGGAAGUAGAUUUCAGGAUGGAGAGUGUGUUAACGGACACUCAUUUGCCUUAUCUCCGGCGGAUUUACUUGGCCGCGUUGAUCGAGCUGAAAUUUCUCAUACACCUGGCGGGUCCGGCGAUCUUCGUCUACGUCAUCAACAAUGGCAUGUCGAUGCUCACUCGUAUCUUCGCUGGUCAUAUGGGAAGUAUGCAACUCGCCGCCGCCUCUCUCGGAAACAGCGGUUUCAACAUGUUCACCUUUGGUCUCAUGCUUGGAAUGGGAAGUGCAGUAGAGACAUUAUGUGGGCAAGCACACGGAGCUCACAGAUACGAGAUGCUCGGAGUCUACUUACAGAGAUCCACCGUUGUUCUUUUCCUCACCGGACUUCCCAUGACGUUACUCUUCAUCUUCUCCAAACCUCUGCUCACUUCUCUCGACGAGCCUGCUGACGUGGCAUCAGUGUCUUCAGUCUUCGUCUACGGUAUGAUCCCGAUGAUCUUCGCUUACGCCGUGAACUUCCCCAUCCAGAAAUUCCUCCAAUCACAGAGCAUCGUCACGCCGAGCGCUUACAUCUCAGCCGCCACGCUCGUCCUCCACUUGAUCCUCUCUUGGCUCGCCGUCUUCAAGCUCGGUUGGGGAUUGCUUGGUCUCUCCGUUAUUCACAGUCUCUCGUGGUGGAUCAUCGUUCUUGCUCAGGUUCUUUAUAUCAAGAUGAGCCCAAGAUGUCGCCGGACUUGGACCGGGUUUAGCUGGAAAGCUUUUGAUGGUCUUUGGGACUUUUUCCGGUUAUCGGCCGCUUCCGCCGUCAUGCUCUGCCUUGAGUCUUGGUACUCUCAGAUUCUUGUUCUCCUUGCCGGACUUCUCAAGAACCCUGAACUCGCCUUGGACUCUCUAGCCAUCUGCAUGUCAAUCUCUGCAAUCUCGUUUAUGGUAUCUGUUGGAUUCAACGCAGCUGCAAGUGUGAGAGUUAGUAACGAACUCGGCGCCGGAAAUCCAAGAUCAGCAGCAUUUUCAACCGCAGUAACUACAGGAGUAUCAUUUUUACUGUCGUUGUUUGAAGCCGUGGUGAUCCUCUCGUGGCGCCACGUCAUCAGCUACGUUUUUACUGAUAGCCCAGUGGUUGCCGAAGCCGUAGCCGAACUCGCUCCUUAUUUGGCCAUUACCAUAGUUCUCAAUGGAGUUCAACCUGUUUUAUCUGGUGUUGCCGUUGGAUGUGGGUGGCAAGCAUUUGUGGCGUACGUUAACAUUGGAUGUUAUUACAUUGUUGGGAUUCCUAUUGGUUAUGUUCUUGGUUUCACCUAUGAUAUGGGAGCUAUGGGAAUAUGGACAGGGAUGAUUGGGGGCACACUCAUGCAAACUAUUAUCUUACUCAUUGUCACUUUCCGAACUGAUUGGGAUAAAGAGGUGGAGAAGGCUUCGAGACGAUUGGACCAGUGGGAAGACACCCAAGCGCCGCUUCUUAAGCAGUAAACAAAAAAAAGAACUGAUUAUUUUUUUCAAAUUGAAAUUUAAUCUUGGGGGAGGGGGGGGAUUUGGAGAUAUAUAUUUUUUGUUUGGUUUCCCCCAAGGCCCCAAAAUUGAUUGAAAAACGGAUAAAACACUCAUCAGUUAAUCAAUAGAUCUGCCAAUCUGUUGAUUAAUGAAUUGGAAAAUCGAUAGUUUUCUGGAGGGGGUAAGAGUGAAGAGAAGGAUGUUAAUGAACAUUUUUGUAAGCGGAAGUAAUAUUGAGUAGUGAGAAUGAAAUGUUGAAAACAAUGAUGUACUGUGUGAAAGAGCGAAUUUGUUGUAACCGCCUCUUGUAUGUACGCAAAUAAAUCAAAUAAUGAAACAUUG